AUGGACUCCGGGGACUUCUUUGACCACUACCAAGUUGUCGUUGACUCUUCUGUCCUGAAGAAGGACAGUAAAAGGGCUCGAGGGGAAAGUAGCAAGACCCCUUCAAAGAAGGCCCGGACAGAAGAUGCACCUGCCACAGCCCCUUCCAAGGAGGGCUUACCACCUCCGCCCCUCUCUGAGCAGACGACCCCCGCGCCCGUCAAUCCACGGCCCUCGUCAAAGGCCGUAGACAAAGAGACUUUGGACCACUCGUCUGAAGGCUCCCUAUCCAGCCACAUAGUUGGCAUGGCCAGGGAGAGAAUAUAUCGGCUCUCGAAGCACAAACGCAGCCAGACCACCAUCAAUGACACUGCCACAAUGCACAUCGACCAGAUCAUUAAUAGAGGGUUGAAUGAGAUAGCCAGCCCACCGUCUUCCUCUUCUUCUUCUAAUAACAAUGGUGAUCCCGAUCCUGAAACUUCUGAUCUCAGUCAUGGGGCGGUCGAGAAGGAGAAGGAAGAGGAGGUAAGCAGAGUUUCUAUUCAUCAGGAGCUUGCGAGGUUGGAAUUGAAGGAGAACGAGGAAGAGCCAAUUCUGAAACCGGAUUUGGAGGAGAAGAAAGAAGAAAAAGAAGAAGAGAAGGAUGAGGAUAGGUAUUUGAGUGGAGAAGAAAUGGGGAGCCGAAAUGGAAGUGACGAUGGAAAUGAGAAUGUGAAUGAGGAUGGGUAUGGGAAUGGGAGUGAGAACGAGAAUGAAAAUGAGGAUGAGGAUGAAGAUGAAGAUGAGGAAAGGAAGAGAGAAGUAGAAGAGAAUGAUGGUGAAGAUGGUGGAGUGAGAGAGAAUAAGAGUGGAAUGAGACUGAAAAUGGCAGUGAAGUAAAUAAUGGUAGCGGUGAGAUGGAUAAGAAGCUUUGAUUAUCUCUGCAAGUCUCUUAUCGUAAAAGAGAAACAAAGUGACUCUGGCCGAACUUGAUGCUGGGCUUCUUCUCGGUGGAUUGCCAUUAUCCUUUGCUAGUUUUAUGGUGCAACAACAUUUUUCAUUCAUAGAUCAAACAUCAGUGUCUCCUUGAUUAUGCUUUAUAUGAAGGUAAGAGCUUAAUGGCUCUUUAUUUGGAAAUAAAUUUUAGUACUUGAAAUUUUUGUUAGUACUUUCUUUAAAAUUACUAAAGAGAUGUCAAAUGAAAAUAUGAAAUGAAUAGUGUGGCACUAGAAUAUUGAAGUGCUAGUGUGGUAGUGAACAACUAGCAGAACAUG